AUGGAACGCAGACACGUCCAUCAACGGAAUGAAGUCCAAAUUCCAAAACACCCCGGAAAACCUCUUCCGUCACUGACCGUCCACUCCCUUGGAAAGUGCUUCCAUGAGAACGUUUACUCCCGCCCAGAGCCUUUUGUGAAUGAUAUGACGAUGUUAGUCUCUGCGAUCAAAAUCGAUGGUAUUCCCGUCAAUGAGUGUGAAGUCGAACUUGCUGGCCCAAUGGAAAAACUCUUCUUUAUUCCAGAAAGAACAAAAGUUGGUAUUGUGACGUGUGGUGGGCUAUGUCCGGGAUUGAAUAAUGUCAUCCGAGGCCUUGUAAUGAACUUACAGAAUAGAUAUGGAGUGAAAGAAAUAUAUGGACUGAAAUAUGGAUAUGAAGGACUCACUCCAGACAAGUCAGAGUGCAUCAAAUUGGACAACACAAACGUCUCUGACAUCCAUCAAAGAGGUGGAACCAUUUUGGGAAGCUCGAGAGGCAAUCAAAACCCAAAGGUCAUGGCGCAAUUUUUGAUCGAUAACAACUUCAACAUCCUCUUCACAUUAGGAGGAGAUGGUACCCUCAGAGGGGCCAAUGAAAUCGAUCAAGAACUUCGACGACGCAAAAGUCCAAUAUCAGUCAUUGGUAUUCCAAAAACGAUCGACAACGAUAUCUGUUACACAGACUCUACUUUUGGGUUCGACACUGCUGUUGAAUUGUCCCAAGAAGCCAUUAAUGCCGUUCAUUAUGAAGCCAAAAGUGCCAAAAAUGGGAUUGGAAUAGUUAAGUUAAUGGGAAGAGAUGCCGGGUUUAUUGCAUUAUAUGCGUCUGUUGCGAGUGGGGAUGUCAACUUGGUGCUGAUACCAGAAGUCGAUGUUUCGAUGGAUGAAAUACUUCGAAUGACCGAGAGAAGACUCUUGACAAAGGGACAUAUAGUAAUUGUCAUUGCUGAAGGUGCGUGCCAAUCACUGAAACCUAAAGACUUGGACUUGGGAAAGGAUAAGUCUGGGAAUGCGAUGUUCUGGGAUGCUGUUGGGUAUAUUAGAGAACAAAUCAAGAAACACUUAGAUGAAAAACACAUCGAACACACCAUCAAAUUCAUCGACCCAAGUUAUAUGAUUCGAUCUGCACCGUGCAAUGCUUCUGAUGCACAUUUCUGUUUGUGCCUUGCAAACGCCGCCGUCCACAUCGGCAUGGCAGGUAAAACAGGUGUUGUUGUGUGUCACCAUCAUAACAACUUUGUUUCGAUCCCAAUAGAAAGAGCAACUUAUUACAUCAAGCGUGUCAACCCCGAAGGUCCAAUGCUUUCUAUGAUGUCUUCAAUUGAGCUCAUUCAAUAA